AUGGCCCCUAGAAGGAGCAAGAAACAAUUUCAGAAAUGCAACGCCAAACUUCCCAAAAAACGCACCAGUCGAGCGAAACCUCCUCCACCGCCCACCCCCGUCACCCUCCCCCCACUGCCGACGCUCUACACCCCGCCCGAGGGCCUGCCUAUCAUCCCCGUUAAAGUCCUCCCAUACCCAACGAUCAGAGGCAAACACGGACCUACCUGGAUCGCGGACGAGAGGCCGACGGUGCAGCUCCAAAAAGGAAGCCGCAUCACGAUCUUCACAGACGCCCAAACGUCAGGCACAGGGCGCCUAUCGGUGAUCACAGAUCUUCGUCGACACUGGGUCACUUUCUCGAUUGUCGGUGCGCCACAGCCGUGCAACCUACGCGUCCCUAUCCCGUGGGCAAUCCUCGACAGUCUCGAGAGCUUCACCCAUCAGGAGCACUAUUUCAACCUCCCAAACGACCCCUCCCCACACCGCUCCUUCGCCAACAUCCCCGCCUUCCGCAACUUGAACGAGAAUCCCUAUGAGUUCGAAGUGGAUGAAGACGACGUUCCCACCCUCGCUAGAAGAAUAGCGAAUAUUGCGAACAAUUAUUGGAGAGAUAUCGAGCGGGAGGGUCAGAGGGCAAGCCUGGGCCGCUAG